UUGGCCAAGAAAAAGAGGAAGUUCUCCGAGUGACUCACUACUGUGGUGCUACUAUGCCUUCUGACCCCGUCUUGGACUUCAUCUGGGAGAAUGUGGAGACAUUUGAACAGGCUCCUUCUCUGGAGCGUAUUUUCUUCUGUCACAUGUGGAAAAGCUGUAUUGGAUUGUGAGGCAAUGAACACAAAUGAAUUCCCUUCUCCAUGUUUGGACUCGAAGACUAAUGUGGUUAUGAAGGGUCAAAAUGUAUCUAUGUUUUGCUCCCAUAAGAACAAAUCACUGCAGAUCACCUAUUCAUUGUUUCGACAUAAGACACACCUUGGAACCCAGAAUGGAAAAGGUGAACCUGCAAUUUUUAACCUAAGCAUCACAGAAGCCCAUGAAUCAGGCCCCUACAAAUGCAAAGCCCAAGUUUACAGCUGUUCAAAAUACAGCCGUGACUUCAACUUCACAAUUGUCGACCCGGUGACUGCCCCAGUGCUGAACAUUAUGGUCAUUCAAACAGAAACACACCGACAUAUAACAUUACAUUGUCUCUCAGUCAAUGGCUCGCUGCCCAUCAAUUACACUUUCUUUGAAAAGCAUAUUGCCAUAUCACCAGCUAUUUCCAAGUACGACAGGGAGUCUGCUGAAUUUAAGUUAACCAGGAAGAAUCCUGGAGAAGAGGAAGAGUAUAGGUGUGAAGCUAAAAACAGAUUGCCUGACUAUGCAGCCUACAGUCAAACUGUCACCAUGCCCUCAACAGGCGGAGACAGCUGUCCUUUCUGUCUGAAGCUACUGCUUCCGGGGUUAUUACUGCUGCUGCUGGUGAUAAUCCUAAUGCUGGCUUUUUGGAUACUGCCCAAAUACAAAGCAAGAAAAGCUAUGAGAAAUAAUGUGCCCAGGGACUGUGGAGACACAGCUGUGGAAGUUGGAAUCUAUGCAAAUAUCCAUGGAAAACAAGCAAAGGAGGGAUCUGUCCCAGAAGUGGGAUCCAGACCAUGUGUUUCCACAGCCCAAGAUGAGGCCGAACAUUCCCAGGAGCUACAGUAUGCCACCCCCGUGUUCCAGGAGGUGGCACCAAGAGAGCAAGAAGCCUGUGAUUCUUAUAAACCUGGAUAUGUCUAUUCCGAACUCAACUUCUGAAAUUUACAGAAACAAACUACAUCUCAGGGGAUGGCGAAUCAUGACCUAAAGAAGUUGUCUUUUCUCAGUGUUGCUGCUUCUCAAGGAUUUAAAGGGGAGACCUGACCAGAGGAAUGAUCAACAGUGGAUUUGUGAUGCCUGGAGCUCAUUUCCUUCUUUCUCCUUAACUGUCCUGGAAGGAAACGGACUAGUGCCUUAUCGCUGACUCUUCCACAGCACACACCCACCACCAGAGACAGUAACUGAGAUCUGCAGUAGCACAGAAACUUAGAGGUUAGAAAAAUUAGACACCUAAGGAUUUCAUGACUCCAGACCUGUUUCCUUAGCAUAAUACCACACCAGUAAGUGAAAUACAACUUACGAAAUUUUGUAAAUAAAUUCUAUAAAAUUUUUGGUAAAAAUUUAUCAUUACAAAAUUAUUAAAAGCAAUUGGGUUGGAAGGAAGUUCUGUCAAAAUACAAUCCAGGUGUGCAGUUCUCUGCUAAAUUUAGAAGUGGUUACUACUGAGGCAGUCUCAAAAAAAGCAUAGGAGGACUUUAUGGGGUGAUGCAAAUUUUCUACAUUGCCUUUGUAGAGAUGGUUAUACAUUUGUCAAUACUCAUUAAUUUGUACAUUUAAAAGAGGUAAAUUUAUUGUAUGUAAAUUGUAUCUUAAUGAAACUGAUUAAAACACACAUACAAACCCCA